UACUUGGACAAUUGUAGGUAAAAAAGUGUUCUUGAAGCUCAAGCUUAUUGAUUUUCUUGAUUUUUUUUGGGAUUAUAAAAAAGGAAGAUUGAGCGUGACCCAGAUGGGGAUUUAUAUGAAAUGGGCUCAAUCUUGAUCUGAGUCGAGGUUUGUUUGUGUUGAAAAGUGGUGUAAGACAUGGGUUGUGUGACCUCGAAGCAGGCCGUGUCGGUGACGCCGGCGUUUGAUCACUCCGGGGCGUUUAGAGACAAUGCCGGGUCGGGUUCGGGUUUGGAUGCGGGUAGGAAUGAUGGGUUUGGAGUGGAAGUUGAGGCGAAGAAGAGUAAGAGGAAGAAGAAGAGGAGUGAGUUGGGGGUGAGUGGGAGUGAGUUGAGUGAGUCAGGGAGAGCGAGUUCGAAUGGAGGUGCUGAGUCAGCGAGUUUUAGGUUGGGGAGUUUGCAGAAGUAUGUGGAAGGUGAACAAGUUGCUGCUGGUUGGCCUGCCUGGCUCAGUGCUGUGGCAGGUGAAGCUAUUCAGGGAUGGGUCCCACUCAAAGCUGAUUCUUUUGAAAAAUUGGAGAAGAUUGGACAAGGCACAUAUAGCAGUGUCUUCCGAGCACGUGACCUGAACAAUGGGAAGAUAGUCGCUUUAAAAAAGGUGCGGUUCGACAAUUUUGAGCCUGAAAGUGUUCGCUUUAUGGCUCGCGAAAUUUUCAUUCUGCGUAGGCUUGACCAUCCAAAUAUCAUAAAGCUGGAGGGUAUAGUUACUUCAAGGCUAUCAUGUAGCAUAUACCUUGUGUUCGAAUACAUGGAGCACGAUAUAUCUGGACUCUUGUCUAGCCCUGAUAUUAAAUUCAGCGAAGCGCAGGUUAAAUGCUACAUGAAACAAUUGUUAUCUGCACUCGAACAUUGUCAUUCUCGGGGAGUAAUGCAUAGAGACAUCAAAGGUGCCAACCUCCUGGUUAAUAACGAGGGUGUUUUAAAAGUGGCUGAUUUUGGCUUGGCAAACUUCUGUAGUGCUGGGAAAAAGCAACCACUAACAAGCCGAGUUGUCACUUUGUGGUACCGACCUCCCGAACUCUUGUUGGGGGCUACAGAAUAUGGACCAUCUGUUGAUAUAUGGAGUGUUGGCUGUCUAUUUGCAGAACUUCUCCUUGGAAAUCCUAUUCUCCAGGGAAGAACUGAGGUUGAACAAUUGCACAAAAUUUUCAAGCUUUGUGGGUCUCCAAAUGAUGAUUAUUGGAAAAAGAACAAGCUUACUCAAGUGACCUUGUUUAAGCCACAUCAACCUUAUGAAAGUUGCCUUUUGGAGACCUUCAAAGAACUACCUAAAACUGCUGUGACUCUGAUAGAAACUUUACUUUCUGUUGAACCAAAUAAGCGCGGGACUGCCACUUCUGCUCUUGCUUCUGAGUACUUCACUACAAAGCCUUAUGCAUGUGAUCCAUCAAGCUUGCCGAAGUACCAGCCAAGCAAAGAGAUAGAUGCAAAACACCGCGAGGAUGCAAGAAGGAAAAGGCCUAGUGGAAGAUCACGUGGACCGGAAACAUUAAGAAAAUUAAGUAGAAAACAGAAUGCCAGCAAAUUGGCGCCAGAGGAGAACUUACCCGCCAGAAAUCAAACUUCAUAUAAAAUCAAGGGAAGUGGUGGUUUGGAUAAUAAAAAAGGAGAUACCAUCUCGGGGUUGCAGCCACGCAAGGCCUCUGUUGAUUUGAAGGAAGAGGUUUCCCACAUUAAGAAUGCAUCUCAUGGGGAUAUUCCAUAUUCAGGGCCGUUAGAAGUUUCUGGUUCAAGUGGAUUUGCAUGGGCAAAAAGACGAUUAGACGAUUCCUGUGCGUCUUCGCGCAGUAGGUCUAGUUCAAGAAGUCUCAUGUUUGAACCUUCUGUUGCUCUUAAUUCACGCCAAGAUGUUGAUUUAAAACGUCAUGCAAAUGGCGAAGUCUUGCAUGGGAGUCGUGGGAAUUCUAGAGGAUACGAUUCAUACGAGCUUUCCAAACAUUCUAUGAUGAAAAGUUGGUCUCAGUUGGAGGGACCUGAUUCCUUUGAUGCUUCAGACGGAUACCACUCCCAGGAUCUGUCACUUACACUUCAUCAGAGAGAAGAAUUGGCUACUAAGAGAUUCAUCUCGGUUUUCCAGGAUCAUGAGGAUAAGGUUGAAUUUUCAGGACCUUUACUAUCCCAAUCCCAUAAAAUCGAUGAACUUCUAAAGCGACAUGAACGUCAGAUCCGCCAGGCAGUCCGCAGAACAUGGUUCCAGAGAGUUUCUGCAGGCAAGAAACACGGGAAGAAAACAGAAGCUGUUACUGGAAUUCGAUAAUUUGGGAACGGCAAUCAUAACAAAAGCCUAUGACAUGACUACUUGGUCAAUAGAAUCACGGUUUGAGAAAGCAUCUGAAAUUGAAGGCUUUGACAGUCAUCACUGCUAAGGAGUAUGAUCAAAUGAAACUAGGUAGUUCGCAGAUUCAAGAAGUCGGGAAACGAUUUAUGGAUGAUCAUGCUCUGUUUUGUUCUACUUAUUUUCACCGGAAUUCAGCAGAUGUAGUUAACGUUGAGCAAGGCAUUGUACAGGCUCAGUUAGUGAUGAGCUCAGAGCAUAAAUUAAAAACCUCUUGGGCAUUCAUUUUUUAUUGCAUUUUCUAUUGCAACUCAUGAAAAUAUGAAAUGAUAAGAGCAAUGAGCAAUGAUAAAGUACUUCUAUAUGGUUCAUUUUUA